AAUCUCCAAGCCCAACACCGAAAGAGCUUGCUCCAAUGCCCAUAUCCUUCUAGUUUUCACGCUACUACUACCUCUGUGUAUCUUUCACACAAACCUGGACAGCAAAGCGAAGUUGACUGCUCCGCCAAGUUGUUUACCACUUCCUUCGAUCCAAACCUCCCAACCCUGUACUUUCCCAGCUCAGCACGAUGAAGUUUCUUUCCAGCCUCGUCUUUUUGGCUGCCGGAGCGUCGGCGGCCUCCGUUGGACAUGUUGGUGAUGACGCCUGUGUCAAAUCGACCGAUGGAACUGGAAUCCAGUGCCGUGACUUGCAGACCAAGGACCAUCAGGUUGUUGGAUCUGUUUGUGUUGAGGCAGGAAGUGCCAUCGAGACCUUGAACAUUGCGUUCAACGUACGCCCCGAAUGGUCCCUCGAGUCAGCCCAGGCCUGGAUCGGUUCGGAUAUCAACACUGUUCCCCGCGCCGCCAGUGGUAGUUUUGAUGUCUCUCGCUUCCCGUACAACCGAAAGGCCAUUGAAGAAGGCGAAUCUGCCAUUCGUUUCGUGCACGAGCUCGUCAUGGGAGGACCCAUCUGCGAAGAUCAAGACUUGAGUGUUGUAGCCAAGGCAACUGUCAGCAAUGGCCGUCAACUGUUUUCUGUGUCUGCGGGUGACAACACUGACCUGCUUUACUUCAUGUCGUGGCUUGUUGGAUCUGAUAGCUCCUCCAGUUUCCCUAUCCAAAUGAUCUGUAAAUGCCCCGACCAAAAAGACAACGAACUUUCGAAGGCAGCCUCCAGCAAGGCUCUCCGUGGAAGCGGCGAAGUCUUCCGUAUGCUUGAAAGUGACGACGACAAGUGCGAUGAGUGCAAAGAAGACGACUACGGUUGCAUUGAAGCGAAAUGUGACUGCGACUGUGACGAUGGCGACGAAGACUGCCUGGAAGCCUGCUUCGAUGAUGAGGCCGAAAGCUCCGACAGCAAGUGCAUCUGUAAAGAAGAAGACUAUGAAUGUAUUGAAGCGUUCUGUGAUUGUGAUUGUGAUGAGAAUGAUGAAGAUUGCUUAGAUGAAUGCUACGAUGAAGAACACGUAGAAACGGAGGGCAGGGCUCUUUCCUCAGAUGACGAUGAGGAUGACGAUGAGGAUGAUGAGGGUGAUGAGGGACUCUCUGCAGGAACUCUGGCCACUGGUGAGGGACUCCCGGCAGUGACUCUGGCCACAGAUGAGGAACUCCCGGCAGGAACCCUGGCCCCUGAUUCAUUCUCAGAUGAAGAUGAUAAGGAUGACGAGGAUGAUGAGGACGACGAGGAUGAUGAGGAUGAUGGGGAUGAUAAGGAUAGUGAAGAUGAUAUUGCGGAGGAAGUGCUAGUGGAGGAUAAGGAAGAGAGGCGCAGACUUCUAGAAACAUCAAGGUUCCUUGUUCCAGGAAACAUUCAUUCGCGUGUUCUUGAUCUUGAUGUUCUCAAUGCAACGCAAACAGACCCUGACUUGUUCCCUGACUUUACCUGUGCUGACAUUUGCACCAUGGUGGAUGAUGUAGAUGUGUGCAUGGCCCACUGCGAUGAGUGCAACUGUGCUGAUGGAGAUUUAAACUGCUUUGAUCAGUGCUUUCCAGAGCCACCAGUGGAAGAAAUCCCAGCCGAGGGUGCCGAGGAAAACACCAGGAGUGGAGAUGACAGUAGUAGCGACGACUCCUCUGAUGACUCCUCUGAUGACUCCCCUGAUGACGGGGAUGCGGAUAGUCCUCUUGAUAAUCUCAAUGCAACGCAAACAGACCCUGACUUGUUCCCUGACGUUACCUGUGCUGACAUUUGCAUUGAGGAGGAUGUAGAUGCGUGCAUGGACCACUGCAUCGAGUGCAACUGUGCUGAUGGAGAUAUGAACUGCUUUGAUCAAUGCUUUUUAGAACCAGAGGAAGCAGUCUCGGAUGAGGCAGUCUCGGAGGAAGCAGUCUCAGAGGAGGCAGUCUCAGAGGAAGCAGUCUCAGAGGAAGAAACCCCAGCUGAGAGUACAGAGGGUACAGAGGGUACAGAAGGUACAGAGGGUACAGAAGGUAGUGGAGAUGACAGUAGCAGCGACUCCGACGACUCGGACUCCAGCUCCGACGAUGUUGAGAAGUGUGGAGAAAGUGGUGAUAAGUGUGGACAAGACAAUGGUGACUCUGACGAUUCAGAGGAUGAAAGCACGACGUGAUUCUACUAGCUAGACUUGCCCAUGGAUUCCCAUACGUCACGAAUGCCUUGACUGUCCAACCCAAACCUUCAUAUAUUAUCUGAGCAGUCAGUAAAACCAUUAGAUAAAAGGUUCUUUUGCAACCAUUUGUCUGGUGGGCCUAAUAGCUAUCUAGCUAGUUGCAAGCUAUAUAUUUGAACAGAAACGAACGAACGAACGAACAUCUUCAGCGAAGAUGGCAACCAAUCGAGUGAAGAAAGCUACCUCUAGCUAGAGAGACCAUCAGGGGCAAGCAAAAAAUCAAUGAGCAUUGUCAUCCUCCUCAUCUUCCAAAUCAAUUGCACUAAACGCCUUUUUGCACUGAACUUUUUUCACGGGACCUCGUCCGGAAAUGAAUUGAAUUGAAAUGAGCUGUGGGCAGGAGGCAAAUGAAU